CUUUUCCUCUUAAAUGCCCCAGCCUCCCCAGCUGCGCCUCCUCCAGCUCAGUUUACAAGGCUGUGCAUACAGAUCAGCAGAGUAGUGGUUUUGGCGUUCACUGCACUACAGGGUCAAGGCGAAACAGCCAGGAGCAGCUACCGUUUUCUACUGGACCUGUCUGAAUGCAUGACUGAGAGCUGCUGGUCAAUAGUUCUUGGCCACAUGAGAGAAUGCUAUCAGGUCUGGCUCUUCUGCUGCUUGUCUGCCUCCUCCACAUGUUGGUGACUGCCAAGGGGAACCCGUGGUCACAGAGUCUGGGCUGCGAUGAGUACUUGGGCUCAGGCAAGGUGAUGGACAAGUGUGGGGUGUGUGGCGGGGACAACACGGCCUGUAAGCUGGUGUCAGGGCUCUUCCAGCAGCACAGCCUGAACAAGGUGGGCUACCACAAGAUAGUGGAGAUCCCAGAGGGAGCCACCAAGAUCAACGUCACCGAGACGGUGAAGAGCAGGAAUUACCUGGCUCUGAAAAGCCGCUCAGGUCGCUCCAUCAUCAAUGGGAACUGGGCCAUUGACCGGCCAGGGAAGUAUGAGGGGGUGGGCACCAUGUUCACCUACCGACGACCCAAUGAGGUCACCAGCACCGCCGGGGAGUCCUUCCUGGCUGAAGGGCCAACCAAUGAGAUCCUGGAUGUUUAUGUGAUCUACCAGCAGCCCAACCCAGGAGUGAGCUAUGAAUUCAUCCUUCCCUCUGACAACCCUCCACAGCACCCCAACCACAGACCUGGAGGGAAUACUCUGCAUGGGCAAAGUGGGAUUGACCACCGGGGCAACCCCAACCAGGAGGGGUACGAUCCAGCAGGAGGGGGCAAAUACCCUCCCCAGGUACCCAACAACCAGGUGCCAGCGGUCCAGCCACCCAAACGUCAGAGAGAAUACAACUGGAAACUGUCUGGGGCAACAGAGUGUAGCGCCUCCUGUGGCAGAGGUAGCAGGUACACCAUCUUCCGCUGUGUCCACAGACUGAGCCAUGAGCAGGUACCAGGGAACCAGUGUGACAGCAGCACCAGGCCCAGUUCACAGGAGGAGCCCUGCAACCUUCAGUCCUGCCCUGCCUUUUGGGACAUUGGUGAGUGGUCGGAGUGCAGUAAGACAUGUGGCCUGGGUAUGCAGCACCGCCAGGUCUUGUGCAGGCAGGUGUAUGCCAACCGGACCCUUAACGUCCACACCAGCCGCUGCCGCCACCUGGAGCAGCCCGAGACCACCAGCACCUGCCAGCUGAAAAUCUGCAGCGAGUGGCAGAUACGAACCGAGUGGAGCGCCUGCUCUGUUCCCUGUGGCGUGGGCCAGAGGACCAGGGAGGUGCACUGUGUCAGCAACAUGGGAGACUUUGUGUCAAACGAGGAGUGCAACAUGAAGCUGCGACCCAGUGACAAUGAGAACUGUGACAUGGGGCCCUGUGCUAAAAGUUGGUUCUUCACUGAUUGGGGGAAUAAGUGUUCUGCUGAGUGUGGGAUGGGCAUCCGGACCCGUGGCGUUCUGUGCCUGACCAAUCACAUUAGCAGCUUGCCUCUGGAAGGGUGUGGCCAUGAGCGCCCCACUGACUCUCAGGUCUGUAAUCACGGCCCCUGUGAGAGUCGCAUCGAGUGGUUUACAGCCCCCUGGAGUCAGUGUUCAACGGAGUGUGGCUCGGGCAGCCAGCAGAGGGCAGUGGUGUGUCUGAUGAAGUCAGACGAGGGGUUCAAUGUAAUGCCGCCCUACGAAUGUUCUUCUCUAGACAAGCCUCUUAAUCAGCAGAGUUGCCACCUCAAGCCCUGUGGGGCCAUGUGGUACCACACAGACUGGAGCGCUUGUUCUAAGACGUGUGAGGGGGGCUUCCGUGUGAGGGAGGUGCGCUGUCUGUCUGAUGACAUGCUUUCCAGUGAGGGCUGUGAAGAGGAGCUGAAACCAGUGGAGAGAGAGGAGUGCAACCCAGAGCCCUGCGUCCCACACAUAGACGAGAACUGUCGAGACAAGUAUUUCAACUGCAAUGUGGUGGUCCAGGCACGUCUCUGUGUGUACGACUACUACAAGACAACCUGCUGUGCCUCCUGCACACGAGUGGCCCACAGACAGUCACAACACAGGGCACUCAGCUAGCCCCCUCCCCAGGCCUCAGACCUCUAGGGGGCCUGACACAGCGCCCAGAGCAGGCCCUCAGUUCCUGGGCCCAACACACUAACCCACAGUGGAGAGGACAGCCUAGAACCUGACUCUGGGUGGACACUGACUGGACACUAUAAUAUGAGUGCUGAAAAUACAGACGGAAAAACUGAAAUACCGCAAAGAAAGGAAGUGAAAGCCCAACUUGUUUUUGGCAUGUGAGGAGAUUGCCAAUGGGCAAUACGGGAAACUGAAUGGUUCGUGGAGGAUGGUUGUGAAGGACACGUUUAACAGGGCUAUGAGUGGAGGAGCUCUGGUGAGGCGAUGAUAGACAGGACACCAAACCGAAGAAUAUGGAACCACUUUAUGGUCUGUAACCAGAAUCCCCUCCAGUAAAAGUUCCUGUCUGGGUUUUUGUUGUGUUUCACGGGAAGCAGUUUGGCGCUGCCAUUCACCUGAAUGGGUUAAGGUCUUGAAAAAGGUCUUUGGCCGAAACGUUGAUAGAAUAAACAACGUGCAGAGGUGAUAUUGUGUGUGGGACUGCUACCACAUCUGUGAUGAGACUCUUGACUACCAUGGCUCUCUUGGAUAGCAUUAAAGGAGAGGAAGAUACAGUAUUAAAGCAGAGCAAGAUUCUGUUUGUUUUGCAUAAUGUAUAGACUGUACACAUUUUAAUAAGCUUCUUUAUGCUUUAAAAUCCACAAUAUUUAUGAUCUAAUUAACUACUUGUAGUAUGAAGUUGCCCAAGCUUGCUCUUAAAUCAUCCCAAUUAUGAGGGCUCUAUUCAAUACUCUCCUACACAGCAGUUUAGUUGACCAAAGAUUUCCCUAUUUCACAGGAGGACGUGUCAAACAGUAAUUGCUCAGUCCAGAUCUAUGGCUCUAUUUAAUCUGUACCGGUGAAGCGUUACAAACGGUGCAAUAUAAAUGUUAAGGUCAUUUCUGAUUGAGCCAACAUAUGCAGUGUUUACCGUGAUGCAGUCUCCGCUAAUACGGAACAUUGCCUUUAAAUUUCAAUCACGCUGUAACACUGAACUUCUGCGAUACGGAUUGAAUAGAGCCCCAAGUGACAGCUCACCAGUUACACAGCAACCCUCUAACAAAUUAAGCUCUAAAAUGUUCAUGUGUCGUUGUAGUGAAUCAUAUAUUUUGCAUCACUGCUGUGUAUAUACAGAACCAGUCAAAAGUUUGGACACAUCUACUCAUUAAAGGAUUUUUCUUUAUUUUGACUAUUUUCUACAUUAUAGAAUAAUAGUGAAGACAUCAAAACUAAGAAAUAAC